AUGGCCGAAUACCCGGUUGUGUAUAAUGGCACCAUCGCCACUGGUGGUGACUCGCUCACUGAAGAUUUGAACAUUUACUAUAGUUCUGGUGAUAUUGGAUUUGUUAUCUUUUCCACAGCCCUAGUGCUGCUUAUGAUUCCUGGUGUUGGAUUCUUCUACUCCGGUCUGGCUCGUCGGAAGUCAGCACUCUCAUUGAUAUGGCUCUCGAUCAUGUCGGUCGGCGUGGUUUCAUUCCAAUGGUUCUUCUGGGGUUAUUCACUGGCCUUCUCCCACUCAGCCAGCAGUUAUAUCGGUAACCUUGAUAACUUCGGCUUCAAGGGUGUUUUAGGUGCGCCAUCUGUAGGAAGUACCAAGGUUCCUGACCUUCUGUUCGCUAUCUUCCAGGGCAUGUUCGCCGCCAUUACUGUUGCUCUCGCUGUCGGUGCAGUUGCUGAACGUGGCCGCAUGCUCCCCUGCAUUGUCUUUAUGUUCAUCUGGAGCACUAUCAUCUAUGACCCCAUCGCCUGCUGGACAUGGAACUCAUCCGGCUGGGUUUUCAAACUCGGAGGUCUCGACUUUGCUGGUGGUACUCCCGUCCACAUCGCUUCUGGAUCUGCCGCCCUCGCUUACUCUCUGAUGCUGGGCAAGCGUCGCGGCCACGGCACCCACGAGCUUAACUACCGCCCCCACAACGUGACUCACGUUGUCAUCGGCACCGUAUUCCUCUGGGUUGGCUGGUUUGGAUUCAACGCUGGCUCUGCUCUGGCUGCCAAUCUUCGUGCAGUUAUGGCUGCCGUUGUCACUAACCUCGCUGCCUCUGUUGGAGGUGUGACCUGGUGUUUGAUGGACUACAGGCUGGAGCGCAAGUGGUCUACCGUUGGAUUCUGCUCCGGUGUCAUUGCCGGUCUUGUUGCCAUUACUCCUGGUUCUGGAUUCGUCACUCCCUGGGCUGCAUUCAUCUUCGGUGUGGUUGGUGCUGUUUCAUGCAACUAUGCUACUAAGCUCAAGUUCCUUCUCGGUGUUGAUGACGCUCUCGACAUCUUUGCUGUCCAUGGUGUCGGCGGUGUGGUUGGAAAUCUCCUGACCGGUAUUUUCGCAGCUGAUUACGUCGCGCAUCUGGACGGUUCCACUGAAAUCGAUGGCGGCUGGAUUAACAGGAACUUCGUCCAGCUGGGAUACCAGCUUGCCGAUUCAGUCACUGGAAUGGCAUAUGCCUUCUUCGGAACAUGUAUCAUUCUCUUCCUUAUGAACCUCAUUCCCGGUCUCAGCUUGCGCGCCCCCGAGGAAGAUGAGAUCAUGGGUAUUGACGACGCCGAAAUUGGCGAGUUUGCUUAUGAUUACGUUGAGGUCACCCGUGAUGUUGUGAACGGCGUGGAAAGCUCCGAGACCGCCUCUAAGCGUACUGCCACGCCCGUCGGCGAGGUUAUCGACACCAAGGCUUGA